AUUUGAGCCGACAAGUUCGCUUGAAGAAAGUGACAUACGAGCCUCAUUCAGUGAGGACAUGCUAUCUUACCUAAAAGUACAUAAGCCAAGCCAAAGGAAGUUAGCCAGCAGCAACCAUCACUGCAGGACAGAAAUUGGAAAUCUCCUCCAAGAAUCUGGAUGAAAUAUCCUUUUGUCUUGAGCUUCUCGUCCAAUUUAUAUCGCCGUCAAGCGAAACUCGAAACUCAAAUUUUCACUUCCAGCACUUCGCAACAAGAGAGCGAACGGAACGCAACCCCACAGAGGAACGGGAGGCAAAAAAGAGACAUAAAUAAUGGCAGAAGACAUCAUCGAGUUGGGCAUCGAGGGAAUUGAUAAAUUGGUCGACAAACAUUUUCACAAGGUACCAGAUAAGCUUGUUGACAAGCAUACGUACCAUCCUCAUUGUCGAGCACGUGGAAGUGGGGAGAGGAGGAGGGACGAGGAGGGGGAAAGUUCUGCCAGUGGCGGUGAUGUCGCACACGAUCCAAGGCCCAGGGAGUCAUACCAACAUCAAAGAAUGAGCAGGCCGUCGGACGCGAGUGGGUACGGGCAUGAAUACUCAGCUCCGGACGGCUACGGGUAUGGAUACUCGCCACCGACUCCGAAGAGACUAGGUCCAGAUCCUCAAGAUAGUAGGGGAAUGCGAAGGCGGGAGUGGUUGGCAAGGCGGAGUAGUUCGCAGCCGGGAGGAGUCAGAGAAAGAGAAAGAGAUAGAGAGAAGGGAGGGGAGAAGAGGAGGAAAAGAAGGAGAAGUCUUAGUAACGAUAGAGGAAGAUAUACCGCGAAAUCAGGAAGUGGAGGAGGGAACGGAUCAGGGAAGACUGAGUCAGUGGUGCUGACCCUACUUGGGAUUGCGGCGGGCGGUUUGGCGGGAGUGGCAGCCAGCGGAGUUAUCGGCGCGAUGGAGAAGAAAAGAGAUGGAAGAGAUAGAGGAGAAAAUAUGAGAGAAGAUGAGAAGGGGAGAAGCAGUGGUGGUCGUCGUAUUCAAUCGGCUGAGAGACAGCGGACAAAAGGAGGAGGAAGGAGAUGAAUGGAUGGAAUGGAAGAUUUGGAGGGCUCAGAUGACACAUUCGAAGGCAGCCACGCCCAAAGGAAAAUUCAGGCGUCGGGUGUGUGGUGAUUUGAUUCAGGUUCUGCAUUAAGGACGAUGCUGCAGCGCUGUGGCUCCUGAAAUGCCCUCGCUAGCCACACCCCUGAAUCGCGAAUGGGGCAAUCGAACUUCACAUAUUAGCGGA